GUCACCAUCCCGCCUCGUGACCGAGCCCGGUGUAAGAAAUAGAGGUGACCUCCGGAACCAGUGGCAGGCAGGCAGGCGCAGUUUGCAAGACCAACUUUGAGUUGAAAAAUGGCUGAUCCUAUCCGAGUUCUGGUGACCGGCGCGGCUGGGCAGAUCGCUUACUCUCUGCUCUACGGCAUCGCCAAGGGAGACGUGUUUGGCAAAGAUCAGCCUCUUAUCCUGGUGCUGCUGGACAUCCCUGCCAUGCUGCCCGUGCUGGAUGGUGUGGUCAUGGAGCUGCAGGAUUGCGCGCUCCCACUUCUGAAGGAGGUCAUCCCUACAGAUAAAGAGGAAGUGGCGUUUAAGGACCUGGAUGCUGCCAUUCUGGUGGGCUCCAUGCCCAGGAAGGAGGGAAUGGAGAGGAAAGACCUACUCAAGGCCAACGUGGCCAUCUUUAAGUCUCAGGGCGCAGCGCUGGACAAGUACGCCAAGAAGACAGUCAAGGUUCUUGUGGUGGGAAACCCAGCCAACACCAACUGCUUGAUUGCGGCGAAGUCGGCUCCCUCCAUUCCCAAAGAGAACUUCUCCUGCCUGACUCGCCUGGAUCAUAACCGCGCCAGCUCUCAGGUGGCGAUGCGCUGUGGUGUUUCAGCCAGCAACGUGAAGAACGUGAUUAUCUGGGGAAACCACUCGUCCACCCAGUACCCUGAUGUCCACCACUGCACGGUCCAAGUCGGGGGGAAAGACGUGGCCGCGUUCGACGCCGUGAAGGACGACAGCUGGCUGAAAGGAGAUUUCAUCUCUACGGUUCAGCAGCGUGGAGCAGCAGUCAUUAAAGCACGCAAGCUCUCCAGCGCCAUGUCUGCUGCGAAGGCCAUCUGUGACCACAUGAGGGACCUCUGGAGCGGCACUGCUGAGGGCGAGUUCGUCUCCAUGGGCGUGUACUCGACUGGAAACUCGUAUGGCGUUCCUGAUGACCUCAUUUAUUCAUUCCCUGUCAAUAUCAAGGAUAAAUCCUGGAAGAUCGCCAGCGGUCUGGCCAUCAACGACUUCUCCCGAGCCAAGAUGGACGCCACCGCAGCCGAGCUGGUGGAGGAGAGAGACACCGCCCUCUCCUUCCUGAGCGCCUGACUAAAUCAAACACCGAAAACACACCUCCACCCAGACGCACGUCUGUGAAACGACCCAAAAAGCACUCCGUUGACCAUCAUCUUCUGUCUCUCCCCCCAAAUAAACACAGCAGUGUGUGAAUGUGUUGCAGUGUAAUAGGUCAUAUAUACAGUAUAUACGCUCAAUAAGCUGUGUGUUACUGUCAAGCCUUUUAAAAGGAAACCUUGAGUCGGUGCAUCACCAGUUAGUAUAAAUCCGUGUUUCAGUUCAACUGAUCUUCAUGUCCAUGAUCCACUAGUUGUCAAAUUACUGUAUCGGACUUCUUCAAUAAAUGAAAGUGAAACUGGCAA